AUGGUGGCCGGCGCGUUGAGCCAUAGGGUUAAGUCGUACUUGAGGGCUAUGCUUGCCCGUUUAAGCUUGUUGGAUGAUGGUAGUUUGUUAGGUGAGCUGCAAGUAAAGCCGGUGUGGGUCGAGGAGAUAAAGAGUAAGCAGUUAGUGGAUGAGACUUUGGGUGCUUGUUUUAGACAAGUAGAAAAUGGAGAGACGUCAGACUUUGGGAUAAAUAGUGAAGGAUUGUUGUGUUUUCGUGGGAGAAUGUGUAUACCGAAGGACGAGGAUCUAAGGCAGUCUAUUCUACAGGAAGCACAUAGCAGCCUCUAUGCUAUGCAUCCUGGCAGAAAAAAGAUGUAUCAAAAUUUGCGUGAGCUUUAUUGGUGGCUUGGAAUUAAGCGCGAGGUUAUGGAGUUCAUAAGUAAAUGCUUGUUUUAUCAAAAGGUGAAGGCGGAACAUUAG